UAAAAAUGAAAUUCUGCUAAUAGCAAAACUUCAGCACAGGAAUCUUGUAAGGAUGUUGGGAUGUUGCAUUGAGGGUGAAGAGAAGAUGUUAAUCUAUGAAUUCUUACCAAAUAAAAGCUUAGACUCUAUCAUUUUCGCGGUUACAUGUCGCCAGAGUAUGCAAUGGAAGGACACUUCUCGGUUAAAUCCGAUGUUUACAGCUUUGGCGUCCUGCUGUUGGAGAUCAUCACUGGAAAAAAGAUUAGCAGUCCUUUUCCUGAUAGUCCGUCUUUGAAUCUGGUGGGACAUGUUUGGGAGCAGUGGAAAGAAGAUAGAGCCAUGGAAGUUGUUGACUCGACCUUAGGUGAUUCAUAUUCUGCAGAUGAAAUCUUGAAUUGCUUUCAAAUUGGGCUGUUGUGCGUCCAAGAACAUGCAACACAGAGACCAACGAUGUCUACAGUGGUUUCUAUGUUGAGUAACGAAUCAACUCUCCCGUCGCCGGAACAACCUGCAUUUAUAGAGAAGAAAAUCAUAACGGCGACGGGUUAUCGACUAGUGAAGAAGCUAACUCCGAAAAUAUUGUGUCGAUCACUAUGAUCCAAGCUCGCUAGUAAUAAUAUAUUUAGACUUGUAACGGUCUAAAUACGUUUAAGUUAGUUAUA